AUGAAAAAUAGCACACUCAGUGCAGUUGGGCUGCGACAUGCCACAUUUGCUCUGCCCGGCGCCGAAUCGCUAAUAGACAAACGCCACCGCCGGCGGGAAAGCGCUCCCCCGAAGGUGGGUCAAAGCCAGGACUUGGCAUACCUGGAGGCGUUGGCCAAGUUCAACGACUGGCGAGCCCAGCAGCGCAACAGUGACCUACUUCCAGACCAUGGGCCAUCACCGAGCAAUGGAAACGCCACUCUACCACCCCGUAUAACGCUGCUGACGCACGGUACCAUCAAAGAGGAACCUUCUGGUGACGACAGUGACUGCGAAGGUGACUUCAGUUCCGAUCUGGAACCGGCACGGGACGAACGAAAGCCAACUAGCCGUAGUCCAAGCCGAUUUGAGGUGCCAAAAUCCCCACGAUACGCUCGUCACCAUCGUUCACCAGCGGCAGGACUAACCGGAACUGGUGUUUAUUCGGACGUAGCGCCAAAGAAACCUAAGCGCUCGGUGGAGUUCUACCGCAACAUUAACCGCAUCCCAAACGACGCGGCCUCUGGAAGCCACUGGAACAACGGCGCUACUCCUGUGGAGAAGAACCACUCCAAUCCUGUCGACACACGUUACUCACUUCCGGCCAUGCUGGGUGGAAACGAACGUGAACGGUUCCAAAAGCGACCAAGACCCAUCGCACAGAAGGCGAACAACACGAUCUACGAGAAUGAGGUAUCGGAGUUUGAGGCACAUCACGUGAACGGGACCUUCGGUGAGUCGUGUGUGGCCCAAAGUCCACCACGGCUCUUCUACAAAGCCAACGCGAGUCCUUACGCCGAUGGGACACCUAAAAAGCAGAGCAAUCUUCGAAGCAGGCCGCGUGUGUUUAAGGAUAAACCGGCUCCGGCACCUCCCGUGGUUGUUGGGGUGAACACUGGACCUGCUAGUUGUCCAACGAAGCAACACCAACACAGUGAUUCGGACUCACCACUGACGGGAUCUUAUCGAAAGUACGAGCUGAACUCUUCUUCGAUCUACGAUGAGCAUGUUAUCUCGUCACGCGCGUACCGAGGACCACUGAAGCCGAGAUUGGUUAACGAUCCUGUCGUUCCGGUUUCGAAGCAUCAGCGCAAAUCACUCUCCUACCAGACGAUCGUGAACAAGCACGGUGAUCUGGUGGAUUACGCGCUUCCGUUUAGUGACAACGCGGACACCACGACCGAAACGAAGGGUGAGCUGAACGCGACUCCUCCCAAGGAACUCUCAACACCCGGACAGGAUACCCUGUCGGAGAUACGCACCUGUGAGCAGCUGGUCAAUGACAACUUCCAGUUCCUACAAACGACCGCGUUUCACGAUGACUCGACAAGCAUCAUCACGGAACCGAUUAGCGUGCUGAAAGGUCGAUCGGCACGGAUCGUCACGGAUUUGGACCGUUCGAAUGGUAGCACGCUCAAAGAGGACGCUGACGAUGACCACCGGACUGUGGAACAGCUUGAGCUGGAGAGUGUGGAACAGCUGCUGGUUAGCCGGCAGCAGGAGAUCGAUGCACAGCUGGCACAGUUUGCGCUACAAGACGACCCACAGGACAUCCUGCUGGAGCUGGAUUCGCUGCAGAAGUGGAGCAAGAGCAUUCAGCUGUCGGAUGACUUCCUGCAGGCGCGUUACACGGAGCGGAAUCUGCUGGAGUGCUUCCGGCGUAUUGUUGGUGCUAGUCUACUGACAUGCUUCCCGAAUGAGGUGCGUUAUCGCGUGGGCGCGCUGCGUAGUGCGUUCGUUUGUCCGCUUGAGUUCUCUUGUGGACUGUUCCGUGGAGUGGCCGUUACUUUGCGCAAGUACUCGCUUAGUAUGGAGCGGAGUCUGUAUUUCGCGGAGGAGGCUUGUCGGAGGGACUUCGAGGUGUUGGCACAGGUGCGUCAUCCGAUGGUGGCCUCGCUGAUGGCGGUGUCGUACGAUUCGGCUCUCAAUCAGGCCACGUUGCUGCUGGAACCGUUCGAUUUUACGCUCUUCGAUUAUAUCCACAAGAUGAAUAAGCGUCUGUCGCUGAUGCACGCCGUGACUGUUGUGCAGCAGAUUGCAUCUGCCGUGGGCUACCUGCAGGAGUGUGGAUAUGUCCAUUCAAACAUCUCGAGCGGUUGCAUCCUGAUGAGACGUUAUCCAUACUCCGUGAAGUUAACGUCGUUUGAACUGACCACCGAUGCGGCCUCGGAUGCGGUACGGCGUGAGAUUGAACAUCGCUACGGCAGCACGUCGUCGUCUCGGAACUCCAUGACAUCAUCGCAGCAUGACGAGCUGAAGAAGAUCACAACGUACGCGCGGCUGAUCAAGAACGACGAGCAGUUCUUGCGUGACAAGUACCGCAAAUUAUCGGUGGAGAUCUGUGAGAACCGUUCCAGACCACCCGGUGGCCAACCGUCGUUCGGUGAUGCCAAUGGAUAUGAUUGCCGGGCAAGUCGGUUCCUCCCGUACUGCAAGGAGUACCGGGAGAAGUUCUCGUUGUUUUACUACGUCGCUCCAGAGCUGCUCGUACCGAAGGCGACCUUUGUCUAUCCGAGCAAGAGCACCGACGUGUACUCGAUCGCACUGCUGCUGUGGGAGAUCCUAAACGGAUACGUCCCGUUCGUGGUGUACAGCCGAGCGGAGCUGGAGAAAUUGCACACAUCUGCCGAUCUGCCGUUGCCGAUGUUCGAGAAGGAGCGCUGCGAACGCUUCCGGCAGAUCUUCGAGGGUGGUCUAGGGGAUCUGAGUAACCGGAAGAUGACCAUGGGCAACGUUGUGGACCUUUUAGACUGUUUGCUGAUCGAGCUGGGUAUGGAAAAGAACGGCACGCAUGAUUGGCUGGCGGAGGACUACGAGGAGCGCUCAAGCUCGACGGAAGUGCGGCUGAAAAACGAACUGAACGACGUACGGAAGCAAAGUGCGCACGUUGAAAAGACAGACAAGAUCUACUUCCACACAGAAGAGUCCGAACUGGUAAGGGCCACGAAACAGCAGCAGCAGCAGCAGAGACAACCGAAAAAACCUGCUCGAAAAAUUAACCGCGCUAAAGAGUCGCUUCCGCAGGAGAACUACGCGGAACCCAACGUCAAAAACCGGCAGCUGGCGGUGGAGAAAAAAUCCCCACUCAGCUCAACCUUCAGCCUGUCGAACUCCGCAAUCUAUCAAACGAUAUUCGAUUUUAACAACAAAUUCCUCUCACCGAAAACGUCCUCCAAGCAGAUCUACGAUCGAACAAGUACGGUGAAGAAGCAAAAGAAGCCUCCGCGGAGCCACAAGAAGGCCUCUAAGGAGUUGUUUGAGGUAGCCGAUCAACUAAACAAAAGCUUUAGUGAGCCACCUGAGCGCAUUGAUGACAGCGAUGGAGAACAUAAGAAAGAACUCGAAUGCGCUGACAUGCCGGAACAGAUAUAUUGCAAUGGCGUGGCUGAAACUGUGGAACCUCUGCAAGAGCACCGAGAAAAAGGACUAACUUGCGAGCUAGCUGGUAGUGAUAGCAAUGAAACUGGCCGCCCGUUGACUCAAGAGCAUCCGUCCAAAUCCUGUGACAGCUCACCAGGCACAAGACGGCGUAGCGUCACACCAAAACUAAACAACUCCUUCCGCUUCACGAUUGGUGACUUUACGCUACCAGACACUCCGAUCGCACGGAAGAACAAGAUCCGCAAACACGCCUGGCUGUCGGAUCAGAAACUCCGAGUGACGGAUGAAUCACAACCUGCCACGCCGGAAGACUGCCACAGUAAGUCCUGCUUCAAUGCGGGCCUGACGUCACGUAGCGGAUCCUUCCUGACAUCGACGAACUUGAACUGCUCCACGUCGCUGCAGGACAUCAAACCGAAGCGCAUCAACAUUAGCGUGAACAUCUUCCGAUCACCCGAACCCCACACAACGCUGGUGGUGCAGAAAAAGGGCACACCGAAGGUGCUCGUUGAAGGAGUUCCUCCGUUCGAGGACAGACUCUGGAAGAAGGAGAAGCUGAUUUGUGAACGUAGCAAGCUGCCAACACCGGAUGAUACGGAGGUGCAGGAUGAGAAGAACGAACAGGUGGACUCUGGAGGACCUUUGAACGAUUCGCUGAGUGUCGUUACAGCGCAUCUAUCGUCUGUACGGGACGCGAUCAAGAAGAUUGAAACUACCUUCGAAAAGACCGGAUUCGACUACAGCCCAGUGCGGAAGAUGGACGGCAGUGGUCGAAAGGCGUUGAUCGAAGGAAGCGUUAGAUUAAACGGAUCUUACGUCCCAGAAGGAUCGCUAGUGGUUGAGGAGAACUUGCUCGUUCCCACGCGGGUGCUCGAGCUGGAAAAGACGUUGGAAGCGGAAGAAGCUGCCGAAGCGAAGGAUACAGCUGAAGCAGCGGAAAUGGGACCGAUUCCAAUCCUUGCACCAGCAUUGGCAGCCACACCACCGGUCACACAGGAUACGGCUGUGACACACUUGAACGUACUGUUGGCAGCUGGAGGUGAUCAAUCCAGACAGAAGGAGCCACCGAUCGAACCGCAGAAAGGACCCCAAAUGAUGAAAGAUGAGCCACCCGUUAUCCCUGUUCCCACGACAUCCAGCAUUCCCGUGCCGUUUGUGCCCAACUCUCAGCUAUACCUUCGCCGAAUGGCACAAAGCCAGCUCGGAAACAGCGUCGCAAUCCACCGGCAGCAAUCCGUCUAUCGCGAGAGCAUCGUUUCAAGCACGGAUCUAGCCGUACCGUUCACGGAACCAACAAUGGUGGCCCCAGUAGCGACAUCCGGCUCAACGUUCGUGACCACAACGACGACAGCGAUUCCACCCGGAAGUGCACGUAAAACGAAGCUAACCACGCGCGUUACGGUGAACAUGCGCAAAAUAUCGCGCCGUGCGUCGGACAUCAGUCCCGCAUCGUCCCGACCCAAUUCGGUCAACCUGGACGAUCUGGAUGCACCGUCGUCGGGAUGCAUCACACCAACCGGACCUGGUGCUGUACGGCAUUCGUGUGGAAAUGAGCUGUUGCGUGCGUUUUCCAAGCUGCGAUUGAUCGCUCCCGAGGAUGGUUCCGGCACUGUGAAGGCCCCAACUUCCGGUGAGGUUGGUGGGCGAUCCGGAACACCGGUGUCGGCACCGGGAGUUCUGAUUUCGAACGCUUCCGGUCAAUCCGUCACGGCGGCCAAUCGCAUUGAGCGACUCGUUUGCUGUAACUGUGGCAACGCGAUGGUUCCGGCCGAAGGAUUCAACGUUCCCGCCGGAAGUCGUAUCGGCAUGACGGCCGCGUUUGGUGAGACGAACUUUUCGCGUGAAAGCUUCGCAUCCAUGUUUGAGCCUCCGAUGACACCCACACCGGCGAUGGCGGGUCGCAUACGCACGAUGACACCAUUCCAGAAAUCAACCGAAGAUCUCUACAUCGAUGAUGACUUUUGCCAAGGACUAAACCAUAUGGGAGCAAACAUGGAGCUGGUUGAACCACUCGACGAAGGCCAGUUCCUCGAUGCCUACGGGUACGACAUUUACGCCACGGAAAUCUACCACGCCGAGGAGGAAGAGAACGCGCUCGAACACGGAUUUCCUACAGAUCGAGACAAUCCCGAACGGGAGCUGCAUUUUACCUUCCGAAACCAUCUCACGACAGUCGACUGCAUGGACGGUGAGGGAAAAUUUCUGGAAAAAUGCUCCCAGCUCAAUGAACAAUCGCUGUCGAAGGAAUACGUGCCCAUAGCGUCCGCCAUCGAUUGUGAUCCGUCGCAUGCGUUGGCGGUAGAACUUCCCUCGACUCCAACACCAUUCCCGGUCAACAAUGAGACAUCUCUUACGCCAAAACCGGAGCCUGGCCCGUGA